GUGCGAGGGGGCGGGAGUCGGAGUCUGAACAGCUUGUGAAGCUGCUGCUAGCUAGCCUAGCCGCGCUGCUGAGCAAUGACAUGCUUUGAUACAGAAAUGCUAUUCCAACGGGGCACAGCGUCUCAUCAGCUAGGCUAGCUUGCUGGAGUGGAAAAUUAACUGUCUGCUAGCCAGGGACCCCUGGAUAUCAUUCGUGUGCAUCCACCUCUCCAGUCUGCGUGACUCUUGAAGACGCUGAUUUAUCCCGAAAGGAGACACGAAGAGGUGGCCAUCAGAAAUCGGGUCAACAGAGACGUAUCUGAGCCCUUGAAGUUCUCAGCUUUGAUGCAGUACAGUGCACCUAGUGCAAGAUGACGGAAGAGGUGAUUGUCAUCGCCAAGUUCGACUACAUGGCCCAACAGGACCAGGAGCUGGAUAUCAAGAAAAACGAGCGCCUCUGGCUCCUCGACGACUCCAAGUCCUGGUGGAGGGUUCGAAAUGCCACCAACAAAACAGGCUUUGUGCCUUCCAACUAUGUGGAGAGGAAAAACAGUGCCAGGAAAGCUUCUAUUGUCAAGAAUCUCAAAGACACACUUGGAAUCGGGAAGGUGAAGAGCAGAAAGGGGGGGAUGAGAGACACAGCCUCCAACGCCGACACAGACAUGUACGCAGAUAACGGCGAGCGGCUGUACGACCUCAACCUGCCCGCCCUGGUCAAAUUCAGCUACACAGCUGAGCGCGAGGACGAGCUGUCUCUGGUGAAAGGAACGCGGGUGGUGGUGAUGGAGAAGUGCAGCGACGGCUGGUGGCGUGGUAGCUACAGCGGACGAUCCGGCUGGUUUCCAUCCAACUAUGUGACAGAAGACAUGGACGGGACGGCGGGGGGAGGGAGCAUGGGCGGAGACCCACCCGGAUCGCUAACAGAGAAGCUGGCGGCCGUGGUGAACAACACAGCGAACGGGAACAGAGUGCUGCACACUGUGCAGGCGCUCUACCCUUUUAGCUCAGGCAACGACGAGGAGCUAAACUUUGAGAAAGGCGAGGUGAUGGAGGUCGUGGAGAAGCCAGAGAACGACCCCGAGUGGUGGAAGUGUCGCAAAGCGGACGGACAGCUGGGCUUGGUGCCUAAAAACUACGUCACUGUGCUAGACUCCACCUCCCAUAAACCCGGAGCAGGGCCCGCCGGGCCGCCAACGCCCGACUGUGACUACAUCUCACCCUCGGGCAGCGGGCGCUUCGCAGGGAAGGAGUGGUACUACGGGAAGGUGACGCGCCACCAGGCGGAGGUGGCCCUCAACCAGAGAGGCGUCGAGGGAGACUUCCUCAUCCGAGACAGCGAGUCAUCGCCAAACGACUUCUCCAUCUCCCUGAAGGCGCAGAGCAAGAACAAGCAUUUCAAAGUGCAGCUGAAGGAAAACCUUUACUGCAUUGGACAGCGCAAGUUCAACUCUAUGGAGGAGCUUGUUGAACACUACAAAAAGGCCCCCAUCUUCACCAGUGAGCAGGGAGACAAACUGUACCUGAUCAAGGCCCUGGCUGCCUCCUGAUCCCUCUCUGUCACACACACACACACUUACACACCGGCACACACACACACACACCUAUACAUUAACUGCAUCCAUAUAUAUAUGUAUACAUUCAGAUACUUACGCCAGAACACACACUAACAUUUAAACUCCCAGCCUGAGGACUUUUAACACAUCGUCAGGACUUUAAUGCCCAGAUUUGUGAGCAUUCCAAGAGGAGCUGUGGAUAAAGCAUGGGAGAGACACGGAGGAGUGGAAAGAGGAGACAAAAGAGACUAUGGACUCCUGAGAGUUGACUACAGACCUCUUGGUCGCCUAUUUUAAAUUAUCCAGAUGUGUUAGGUCAUAGGCAAUGCCAUGUAUUUCCACCUUGAUAUCUACUAGAGUUGCAUUUAGUUUCUUUUUUUUGUUUGUUUUUUUUUGUUUUUGUUCAUAAUAUAUAAUCUUUUUAACAGUUUCUUUUUAAAAUGUGAUGAUUUUUAACUGUAUCCAACACACGACAACCACCCAUAUGAGGCAUUCUGUUAGCAGAUGUUAGCGACUUCAAAUUCUAGCCUGUAGAGGUCUACGUUUCAAAUCCUGUUCGUGUUGUCUGUCUUAAUUUGUUCUUUACGGUCGUGGACGCACUAAUCCACAACUCCUGCUAACUGCUAAUCAUGAAUAAAAAUUAAGUGACCAAAAUAUAUUUAUUGAUACAAUUCUGUUAGGAUCACGGUUGUAGAGAUCGCACGCAUCUGUUUUGUUUUUUUUUUGUUUUGUUUUUUUUUGUUUCUUUUUGUUUUUUUUGAGGGUUCCUAUUCAAACUAGUCGUUCAACUUCUCUUUUUGUACGACAGAACUGCUUGUCUCACAUAUUGCUGUAUCCAUAUCAUGUGAAUGUUAUAAAGCGGAGGCAUCGCAGACUCCGUGGGGGGGCUCAACAACCCCGUGACUUUGCAUGCGUGCACGCAAAAACAGAAUAGAGUCCUCACACCUUUUCGCACCAUCUCUUAAAAGAUUAAAUUCGACAGUCCGCGUGAGUGAUGGGGGGGGGAUAGAGGUCAUGUGAAGAGUCAAAAAGUGUUUUCCCUUCGUAGACAGCUGAUGCGUCCUCCCAGUGUUGCCAAAGGGGACGUUUCUCUGGGGGUGAGAAGGAAGCAGGGGGAGUGGGGGGAGGGGGGGUGGAGCAGACAAACCCGCCAGAAGCUGGGAGGGGGAAAUGGAGGACCCAGAGGGUGAUGUCACUGCUCCUGAAUUAGUGAUCACUGGAAGUAAUGGAGGAGUUGAAGGUCAUCCAGGGGUCAUGCUUGCAGGGGGGGAUAUAUAUAUAGAAGAUUUUCAGAAAAAAAACGAUUCCUUACAGCCAAGUUCUGGUGAAAGCAAACUUAAGAAGAACACAAAUGUGUGCAAACAGUGCGCCUAACAUGUGGUUUGUAGUUACCGUAAGGUCUCUAGUUGAAUGGGUACUUGUUUUGGGUGAAAAUGGACCAAGUAGUGUUUGAAUGUUUUGAAGGGCAGCUAAGUGCCGGCGCCUGCAAUCAAAGCUGCAGCAGCGCCGGCAGGGAGCCGCUCCAGCAGCGGGCUCAGGGAGAUGAUGAUGAUCACGAUGCUUGCGAUGAUGAGUUCUCCAGCUGUGGCCAGUUGGACCCAAGUGCAGAGAGAGAAGGCUGGGGGAGAAAGAGCGGGAGGGGGAGGAAAAGGGGAUUUCAUAGAGGAGGAAUGGAAAAAUGGACCCUAAAAAACAAAUCUAGGGAGGAGACUUGGAGAAUCUGCUCCACUAAGUAGAAUAUGUGGAUUACCGCUCCCAGUUGUACAAGGGCGGGGAAAAUGAACGGAGGCCAACGCUGAUGUAUCAUCGGUGAGGAUAAUGGAUGUUUUUUUAUGGGGGGGGGGGGGAUUUUUAAGGUCUUGUCAAUCCAGGCAUGCCCGAAACAUGGACAUGAACUUUUUUAUUUUUUUCCCCUCCAGGUGAUUGACACACUAUUCACACGAGAGCCGGAGCGUUCUCUCUUAUUUUUGGAGCGGUCACAUAUUCAUUAUUAACAGCGAAACAAUUGGCUUUCAGUUUGAUUCAUGACUGGUUUAAAAGCGGGGCUGAGCUCUAAUUAUAGAACCUGCAGUAGUGUUUGAGAUCUUAAUUUAAGCUAGACAAAAACAUUCCAGAAUUUAAAAGGAUGGCGUCGAGACUCGAUACCUGGCAGAAUUAAAACUAGAUGCUUCAAAAUGUCAGUCACAGGAAUGAUUCUCAGCGUGGCUCGACUGCUUUGUUUGUUCAUUUUAGGUCCCGAUACUACGGAAUAGGAUGAAGGCCACUGUUUAAAAAAAAAAAAAAAAA